UCUGGUAGGACUGAGGGGCAGCCCCUUUGUUAGUCUGCAAAUUUCUAUUAUUUUCUUCUUCAGCGGCUUCACGCCCACUUAUGCAAAGGGGAAAAAGUCUUUCAUACUGGCUUUGGCCCUUUGUGUGUGACUCACACCAUGAAACAUGGCAGGACACCACACUUACUAGGCACAUCUGUACAAGAAGCCUCACGUGGAACCGAGGGGUUUCCCAUUUGAAAAAUGAAGAGAAACAUGAUUUGAGUACUGGAAAAUCCACAGCGUGGCCUUUUCAGAAAAGCCAGGCACAGCCUGGGAGACAGUUCUCCUGGGAGCCCUGAACUCCCAGGGGAUGACCACCAACAUCUGAAAAUGACAGCAACCAAGCCGAACAUGCAAACAGCGUAAGGCAAGGUAACCGCAUUCAUGUCUUCAGAAGCCAAGAUAACGUUCUUUUACUUCCCCUUUCCUAAGUCUUGCAGAUCUCAUUUGAGUACCACUCUCCUGUCCUCCUUCGCGGAUGGGAGAUAAGCCUGGCUUCUAGGGAGACAGACUUACCCCGCCUAAGGCGGAUCAGGCCCCCAUGCUUCUGUGGCUGCUGUUUCUGCUCCUGGCUCCUGGAAGAGAACAAUCAGGAAUAGCUCCAAAAGCUUUUAUUCUCCUCCAACCUCCAUGGUCCAGAUUCUUUAAAGAAGAGAUAGUGACUCUCACAUGCAAGGGUGCCCAUUCUUCAGUCCAGGGAGGCAUAACCUGGUAUUGGGACAAAAAGCGAUUGGAAAGAGAAUCUGAAGAGAUCCAGAUAAACACAUCUGGAUACUACAAUUGCAAGACCCGAGGAUCUUCCCUCAGUGACGCUGUGCUUGUGGAAUUUUUAUCUGACUGGCUGAUCCUCCAGGCUUCAUACCCUGUCUUUGAAGGAGAUGAUGUAGUUCUGAGAUGCCGGGCACAGAAAGAAGAGAAAGCCAGUGAAAAGAUAUACUACAAAAAUGAAAAAAGACUUAGUAAUAGUUAUAGCUCAGACUUCACGCUGAACUCAGUCUCUAGGGACAAUGGCAAAUAUCACUGUACGGCUUCUAAGGAAGCUUUUCUUUUCAUAACACGGAAGGAGAUUUCAAAACCUCUAAUGAUUCAAGUUCAAGAGCUGUUUUCACCUCCUGUUCUGAGAGCCAGCCCUUCCCACUCCAUAGAGGGGAACCCGGUGACCCUGAAAUGUGAGACCUCCCUCUCUCCCCAGAAGUCAGACAGGCAGCUUCAAUUUCGUUUCUUCAAAGAAAAGCAGGUCCUGGGAUCAGGCUGGAGCAGCUCCCCAGAGCUCCGGGUUCCUGCCUUGUGGACUGAAGAUUCAUGGUCUUACUGGUGUCAGGCGGAGACCGUGACUCACAACAUCGUAAAAAGAAGCCGGAGAUCCCAGAUACAAGUUCAGAGAGUCCCUGUGUCUGAUGUGACUCUAGAGACUCAACCCCGUGAAGGGCGGAUAGUUGCAGGAGGAAAUCUGGUCCUUAUCUGCUCAGUUGCCAAAGGGACAGGGACUAUCACAUUCUCCUGGCACAGAGAGGGCAUAGAAAGAAGUUUGGGGAGAAAGACCCAGCAUUCCCUGUCAGCAGAGCUGCAAAUCUCCUCUGUGAAAGAGCACGACGCCGGGCGAUACUACUGUGCAGCAGACAACAGCCGCGGGCCCAUGCUCAGUCAGAGGAUCAGAGUCGCCCUGGGAAUCCCAGUGUCCUGCCCCGUCCUCACCCUCAGGGCCCCCAGGGCCCAGGCUGUGGUGGGGGAAGUGCUGGAGCUCCGCUGUGAGGCCCAGAGAGGCUCUCCCCCGAUCCUGUACCGGUUUUAUCACGAGGAUGUCGCUCUGGGGAACAGCUCAGCCCCCUCUGGAGGAGGAGCAUCCUUCAACCUCUCUCUGACUGCAGAACAUUCUGGAAACUACUCCUGCGAGGCCGACAAUAGCCUGGGGGCCCAGCGCAGUGACAGCGUGACUCUUAAGGUUACCGUCCCAGUGUCUCGCCCUAUCCUCACCCUCAACCCUCUUGGGGCCCAGGAUAUGGCGGGUGACACACUGGAGCUCCGCUGUGAGGCCCAGAGAGGCUCUCCUCCGAUCCUCUACUGGUUUUUUCAUGAGGAUGUCACCCUGGGGAACAGCUCAGCCCCCUCUGGAGGAGGAGCAUCUUUCAACCUCUCUCUGAUGGAAGAGCAUUCUGGGAACUUCUCCUGCACAGCUGACAACAGCCUGGGGGCCCAGCGCAGUGAGGUGGUGACACUCAACUUCACAGGGCCUUCCAGGAACAAAGGAGUCCUUAUCCCUGUGAGGGUCACUGGGUGGCUGCUAAGCAUCCUUGGCCUUGCAGCUGCUGUUGUUCUGGUGGGUCACUUCAGGACCCAGAGGAAAUCAGGAGGACUCUCUGCUUCUGGAACACCUAGUCCUAGUGGGUAUCAGGAGCCCUCCUUGUCCAGCCCUUCCAGCACAGACCCCCAAGAGCCCACCCACUGUGAGCCACUAGCCCUAACGGAGCUGCAGCCAGUGUACAGCAACGUGAAUCCUGAAGACAGCAACCUGGUUUAUUCCCAGAUCUGGAGUGUCCAGCAUACAAAAGAAAAUUCAGCACCAAAGUCACCAAGGCUGCCUCGGGAGGAUAAGGAACCUGUAGUCAUCUAUUCGGAGCUGAAGAAGGCGCAUCCUGAUGACCCUGCAGAGCCGGCCGGCAGGAGAGGCAGGGCGGGUGAAGAGGCUGCAGACAACUACGAGAAUGUCCCGUGAAUACAACUGACCUUCAGCCACUAGCUCUGUACCCAUAGGGGCCCAGAGACCCUGGGGGUGGCCUGUGCCGUUCUUCCUGUUCUGUCCAAGCAGGCACCCUUUUUUCCUCCAGGACUCUGCUGCCCAGGAGGCUGGGCUCUAGGGGACGUGAGGCUGCACGAAAGGUUUUUCAACCUCCUCUGUGCCCGAGUCUGUGCGCUUUCUAGGAACAGAGUGGGCAGCAUUUGAGUAAAUGCUGCAUUUCUUCAGAGUAGACAAACAUGUGAAGGCAGGGCAGGUGGACCUUCAGUCCCUGGAUCUGUGGCGUAGAGGAGGGGAGAGAAACAUUCCGGUGAGGAUUGCAAGGGUGCAACCACGGCCAGUUGAUCUAAGAGUGCACAAAAGCUUUUAAUGUACUAUCUCUGCAUAAAUGAUUUGCUUUCAACAUUUUGUUACCUUUUCCGUGUGGUUAAUAAGGGCAUUACUUGUAUAUGUUACACAUACAAGCUGGAAACAACCAAAUAGAUUCAUUCUGUCUCUGUGUAUACUGUGUUUUCAUGAACUGGACAUCAAUACAAAGAAAUUUAAAAAACAUGGAAUAACCCAGUCUAUUUAAUAGGAGAGCCUCCUAAUUAUCUGGUCAGUUUAAUGGGCUGGACUGUUGUCUCUCAAAAUUCUCAUGUUGCAAUCCUAACCCCCCAAUGUGACUACCUUUAAGGAGGUAGUUAAGGUUAAAUGAGGUUAUAAGGACAGAUCCUCAUCCAAUAGGAUGGGUGUCCUUACAAGAGGAAGAGACAUCAGCGACCUCUCUCCGUCACCCUUCGUGCACGCAGAGGAAAUGCCACAUGAGUACACAGCGGGAAGGCAGCCAUCUGCCCCGGCAGCAGGUGACCAGGAAAAGGUGGCAAAGCUUGGUGUCACCCGGGAGCCCUCAGG